AUGGAAAGAUCAAGUACGCCCUCCCUAGUCGGCGUUUCGGUGAGAAGCAUCAACGACUCCAACAACCCCGAUUUCAAAGGGAAUCGGGGCCCCAGCGUGGCGGAGGCUAGGUCGUCGCCACAGCUCCUGGAAAAGAUCCACUCGUCCACGCAGCUCAACAAGCUGAGCUCGGCUUACACCACGGUGGACGAGUUGAACCGCGAGGGCGCGUUGCUGACGGACGACAACGACGUGGACCUCGACAAGGUGGUCCAGGGCGACACAGAGGGGGCCAGCGGCCGGCGGAAGGUGCUUCUCAGGAGAAAGAAGAACAACAGCAGCAGCAGCAAGAUGCCGUCGUCAUCGUCGCUGUCCGUUUCAUCGAUGAUGUCGCCCUCGCGCUCGCGCUCGUCGCUAGUGACAUCCACAGACCCAGUCCACGACCAUGCCAGUGAAGGCGAGGCGCGCGCAGGCGCGGCCACCGCGGACAACGAGGACCGCAUCAGAAACUCCUACGGCGAGUUCAUCCCCAACCGGUCGCACAGGCCGCAUCUCGCGGGCGGCGAGUCGUACCAAAGCACUCAGAACGACAGCACCGGCGAGGACGCGGACGCAGAGAGGCCCGGGAGAAGCUCCAAGAGGGAGGACGCCUCCCGCGGCUACCUCAGGUCUCUGUCGCGCUCCCUGAGUCGCGACCCGCAGAAGAAGGCCCACGACCAGGAGCAGGAGGACGCCCGGAUGUAUAGCACGAACAACUACCGGAUUUCGCAGCUCGACCUGGAGAACGCUCCUCACGUGAUCAAAGAAGAAAUCGAAGAAGAACAAGAUCAGGGAGCUUUAAUGGACGAUGAAGGGAACGAGGAAUACAGCGAGCCACUGCGCGAAUCAGCAUCGAAACAGCUCGACAAUGACAAACUCCAAGAGGGCGACCAUUAG